CGCAAGCCCCGCCUUCCUCUCCGGGACCGAGGACCAUAGAGAUGUGUAGCGCAGAGAGACUUCCCGGCGCAGCCAUCGAGAUGAGCAGAGGACGGCUAGAGCGUAGCUCGCCAGGCGGGCUUCCUCUUCGUUAGUGCUUCCCAACAUGGCGCAGUCGAUUAACAUCACGGAGCUGAAUCUGCCGCAGCUAGAAAUGCUCAAGAACCAGCUGGACCAGGAAGUGGAGUUCUUGUCCACGUCCAUUACCCAGCUCAAGGUGGUACAGACCAAGUAUGUGGAAGCCAAGGACUGCCUGAACGUGCUAAACAAGAGCAACGAGGGGAAAGAAUUACUCGUCCCACUGACGAGUUCUAUGUAUGUCCCUGGGAAGCUACAUGAUGUGGAACAUGUGCUCAUCGAUGUGGGAACUGGCUACUAUGUAGAGAAGACAGCUGAGGAUGCCAAGGACUUCUUCAAGAGGAAGAUAGACUUCUUAACCAAGCAGAUGGAGAAAAUCCAGCCAGCUCUCCAGGAGAAGCAUGCCAUGAAACAGGCUGUCAUGGAAAUGAUGAGCCAGAAGAUUCAGCAGCUCACAGCCCUGGGCGCAGCGCAGGCUACCGCUAAGGCCUGAGAGUUCGUCACCGAAAUGGGGAAGAGGGACCUUGCUUCUGGGGCCAGGAACUCUGGGCGUGGCCUCCUGGUGUCAGGGCAGAGAAGAGCCUUGUGUUUAAUGCCAAUAAAUGUGCCGGCUGGGCAGAA